AUGAAUUACCUCCUAAUUCCAUUCCUGGUUUUGAUUGCAGGCUUAUCCCAAGCCGCUCCUACCGGAAAUUGCAAUACUACCCAAAUCGCCAAUAUCACUCACCUCCAAGCCAAUAGCACUCAUCCUCUAACCUCUGCGUUGCCUUACGGAGCAGUCCUCACCCAUUGUACAGUUCCUGGCACAAUUGCCCUCACCUUUGAUGACGGCCCCUACAUCUAUACAGCGCAGAUCCUAGACACCCUCGCCCAACACGGUGCCCGAGCAACCUUCUUCCUAAACGGUCGCAACAAGGGCUCAAUCGAUGCCUUCUCAGAUCUGGUACUGCGUGCCUAUGAGGAAGGACACCAGCUGGGAUCUCAUACAUACACCCACGCCUCACUGGAUACCCUCUCUUACCAAGAAAUAAUCCACCAAAUGACAACCCUCGAAGAAGCAUUCGUGCACAUCCUCGGUUUCUUCCCGACUUACAUGCGUCUCCCUUUCCUCCGACAUAGUCCCCUCGUGCUUACCGCCAUGGCAGACCUGCAAUACCAUGUCAUCGGUGCCAGUGUCGAUACUAAGGACUAUGAGCAUGAUGAUCCGGUUUCUAAUUGGAUUUCUUUUGAGAAAUUCAAGGCGGAGGUCGAUGCGGGUGGGUCGGUUGUGUUGGCGCAUGAUGCGCAUCAGUAUACUGUUGAGCUUUUGGUUGUGAAUAUGUUGGAAGAGGUUGAGAGGCGUGGAUUGAUUCCUGUUACGGUUGGGGAGUGUCUUGGGGAUUCGGUGGGGAAUUGGUAUCGGACGAAAAGGUGA